AUGAAGGCUCUAAUUAUUAUUGAUAUGCUAAAUGACUUUGUUACAGGUGUGUUAAACAACCAAGCUCACGCCUCAAAGAUCAUCCCAAACAUCAAGGCCUUGUUGGACUAUGCCAGAAGUCAACCUGAUUGGAUCAUCCUCUUCUCCAACGAUGCUCAUCAUGAUGACGAUCGUGAGAUGGGUGUAUGGGGAAAGCACGCUAUGAAAGACACUGACGGUGCAAAGGUUAUCCCAGAGUUAGAGCCAAUCAUUGGAGAGCGUGAAUACAAUGUACCAAAGAGAUUCUAUGGUGGUUUCGAUGAAACUGAAAUGGGUGAGAUUUGCAAAAAACACGGUAUUACAGAAGUUUACCUAACUGGACAACAUACUCAUUGCUGCGUUAGACACACAGCAUACGGAGCAUUCACUCGUGGAUAUGGAAUCAACAUUAUUGAAGAUGGUGUUUGCGUUUUCGAUGGAGUCGACAAUGCUGCUGCCAUUGAAUAUCUUAAAACAAUCUAUGGAUCAACAAUCACCAACUCCAAUAGCGUCAUUGUUAAAGCAUAA